CCAGGCGGGGCGGACCGCCAGGGCGCGCGCGUCCCGCACCGGAGACCCCUGCAGGAGCCCCCAACAGCCUGGCUCUCAAGGAACCGGGACUGCCCCGAAUGCGGCGGGAGACUCAAGUCUGAACGCAGAGAAGAACUUCGAGCUCGCCGGGCUAGGGGCGGGGGACGUCGAUCUUAGCUACUUCGCGCCGUGGUUAGCCCGAGCCGCGGGCCUCUCGGCCCGGGUGCAGGGAGCCGUCCCCUAGAGGUUGAAACAUCUCUCCCAGCCAGGCCAGCCAGGAGCACAGGGUGCUAAGUCAGCCGUGGGCUAAGGCAAGCUAACCAGAGCCAGCAGCAUGGACUUCGUCAUGAAGCAGGCCCUCGGAGGGGCCACCAAGGACAUGGGGAAAAUGUUGGGCGGAGAGGAGGAGAAGGACCCUGACGCACAGAAGAAAGAGGAAGAGCGGCAGGAGGCUCUGCGGCAGCAGGAAGAGGAGCGCAAGGCCAAGCACGCACGCAUGGAGGCCGAGCGUGAGAAGGUCCGGCAGCAGAUCCGAGACAAGUAUGGGCUGAAGAAGAAGGAGGAGAAGGAGGCAGAGGAGAAGGCAGCUCUUGAACAGCCCUGUGAGGGAAGCCUGACUCGGCCCAAGAAGGCCAUCCCUGCAGGCUGCGGGGACGAGGAGGAGGAGGAAGAGGAGAGCAUCCUGGACACGGUGCUCAAAUACCUGCCUGGCCCACUGCAGGACAUGUUCAAGAAGUAAUGGGCGCUCUGGCUCCAGCCUCACUCCACUUGUUACUUUUUUUUGUUCUUUCUUUUCUUUUUAUUCAGUUAAGUCUCAAUUCUGAAGGGGAAAACCUCAGUUGGCCUCUGCCCCCCUUUCCUGGCCAGGGGCUUCUCCCCCUCAGCACUCUCUGACACCCCACUUCAUCCCAGGGUAUCAAGUCCCAGCCUCCUCCCAAGUACAGUAGUUCGAAAAAGGAAGACAGCUUUUCUCCAGCAGGGGGCAUUGAACCCAGGGCCAAAGGCACUGGAGGACUCCCCUGAAACCUAAGGUCUAUGCUAGUGUGGUAACCCCCAUAUAUUCCUUCAUGCUCCCCACUGCCAGGAGGACCACUGUCCCCAGCCAGCCAAAGUAAUGACACAUUCCACCCCUGCCCAGCAUGCUGGCCUUUAGCCUCUGACCCUCUAGUGGGUCUUCAGGUCAGGGCAGGGGCACUGACGGGCCUGGCUCUGAAGAGAAUAGGGUAAGCCUGUCUCAUGAGGACCUAGCCUGAGAGGCCCCAGGUCUGGACAGGCUAGGAGCUGGGCAGGAGGCUGGGGCUCUUCUUCCCUGUCCCUGGUGACACCCAGCCCAUCCCUCCCCAAAACCCAUCCAGAGUGGCAUGGCCCCUGCUAGGCUGAUCCCACCAAAUGGAUCAUCUUUGGACUUUAGCACAUCUGUGGAGGAGCCCAGAAUAGGGCAACCCCUUGUUCCCUUUCACUCCACUUAAGUCCUGGGACCCCACUGCCAGGCUGGGCCCAGCUCACCCAAUCUAGGGGCUGUCCAGGCCCCCAGAAACACUUGGAGCCAUCGGGCAGUGAUGGUCUAUGCCAUGGGAUUCCCCUUUGGUGUGACCAAGCUGCCCCCAUUCCUAUCCAGCCCUUUUACCCACUCUGUCCUGUCCAUGUGCUUCCAAGGCCCCAUGGUCCCCAAGAGGACCCUUCCUGGCCAAAGCCCCAAGUUGUUGGGGAGAAGCCAAUUCCCAUUUGAUAGAAAGGCAUCUGUCCAUUCAUCUCAGUGGCCAAGAACAAACUCUCCUCUGGGAUGUAUGGGGCUGGCAUUUGCCCCCCAGCCACCUCCAAAUUGCCAAUGCCACCUACUUAGCCAGUUUUAUGAGAAAGAUGUGGGGCAGAAGGGAGUAGAAAAUGAAGGAGGAAAGUGAACUUAUGUGUGGCAUAGUGUGUAGUAGAGAUGGCAUCAGCAGUUGUAUGUCCAGAGAUUUUAUGCAUGUUUGUGUGGUUGGAGUGUGGUGUAUCCUGAGAUGUGCGUGUGUGUGCUAGUCACCUAUCUCCACGUUAGAGGUUAUAUAUGUCAGGCAGCCUUGUUAUGUGUGCUUGUUUGAGGUGGUAUUUUUGAUUGUGUCCCCUUUGCUAGCCAUCUCAUAUGUGUUUAGAGAUUGCAUGUGUUAGCUUGUAUAUGCAUGUGUUUUCAAAAUGGCAUGUGUCGGGAGACAUGGAUUUAUGUUAGAUGUCACAGAAGUAUAUGUGGGGAGAAUUCCCAGGCGUGUUGACUGUCAUGUUCUUAGGUAUGGGUCUGAAAAAGCAGUUGUGUCCAUGGAUGUGUGUUCAGAGAGAAAGAAUGUGGGUAAGAUGCUCCCUCUCAGCUCUCAGACCAUUGUUCACAGGUGGCCACAUCUGACAGGAGACUUUGUCCUUCGCCUAGAGUCCUCCCACCCUUGGGGGGUUCCUGCCUGAGGAAUUCCACUGGGACAGACCCAGGCAGUACUCCAGGAAGCCAUGCUGGGCCCUCACCAGGGCCUAUCCCAAAAGCAGGGGCCAGGGAGGGGGCGACUUGCCUGCCCCUGAAGCCCCUGCCCCAUUCGUCCCAGUUCGCAUUCUGCAGGUUUUCCAUUUUAGUGGAUUUAUGCUUUUAUUUCAGAGAGACACGUGUGUCUUCUCUGUCCGUUUCCAAUAGUUAAAGCCAUAUCAGUUAGACUGCAAUACUUUAAAGAUGAGACAAACAAUCCAUAUGUUUAGGGAACCAGAAACGUAUCCUGAUCUGUCCCUUCUCUGGGGAGCAGGGCCCUGGCAGCUCCAGCUUCCUGGGCACAUCCUCCUCCCCCACUCCCCACCAUCCCUUUGUGCCCCUGUGUCAGGCUCCUCAAGGGGCUAUGUCUGUCUGUGCCUAUGUCUGUGAUGGGGAGCCACCUCGCACCCCUGAUGUCUGCUUGUCUGUGUCUUUUUACUUGGGUGGGAUGGUCAUUCUCAAGAGCCCUGGGGUCCUGGGCCAGAGACAAGCAGGGCUCAGUUGAGAGGUUCUAGGUUUUCCCAAUCCCUGCCCCAUGGACCCUGUAUGUGGGUCCAUCUUAGACACAGAGGUAAAUACCAAUAUCAAGACAGGUCUCUCCCUUGACAGGGACCCUCAGACCUUGAAGGCAAUGCCAGAGCCUAGAGUGCUAAAUUAGGUGGCAGAGACCAAGGCUAAGGGAGCUGUAAAAUGAGCAAGUGUACCUCGACAUUCAAGACAUCCCAGUCCCUUAGACAAUGUCCCUGUGGUCUCCACAGCCCCUCUGGACCCCAGAGUGGGCUUUGGGCUUUUCAGCCUCCCCAAAAUGGCAUCAGCUGGACUGGCUUAGUCCGAGUACACCUCCUAGACUUCUCCACCCUACUCCCAAGCAGCAAAACCUGAGGUCUUCCUGGAGGUUCAGGCAAGGGCAACAAUCUCUGCUUGGUGCAUCCCUGCCUCCCCCACUGGCAAGUGAUCACUGUCAGACCCAGGGGACACAGUUACUUUCAUUUCUAACACAGACCUGACUGUAGGGAGAAGCCAAAGUGUAGCCCGGAGAGGAUGUCUGUGUGCAACAUACUCAUAGGGGGCAAAAUAGACAGAUGCUGUAGCAGGGACAGGGUGUCCAGGUGAUGUAUCUGGGGUGUGAGGUGUAUGUGGCCACUGGAUGGGAGGAGGAAUGUGCGUGUCACACAGAACAGUGUACAUGUGCACACCAAGAAGGGGAGAAGCUCCAGGAUUCAGCGCACACACAUGACACACAAGGGAAGAUAAUUUUUGGUAAGUGGCUGAGAACCAAAUGAGGUGCAACAGCAUGCACCACCAUGUGUGCUCUUGGGCACAGCCCCCCGGGCUGCUCCUGUCCCUGGGAUUCUCCCCCAGGGAGAAGGAAGGGGGCUUCUCUGAGUCUCCCUGUGCUGGGCACUGGCAAUAGGCCAGGAUUUCCAAACAUGGAUGACCUCUGCUUCAGGUCCAAAACUGCCCUGAAGGGGUGUCCUAACAACUGACCUGGCUAUGUGCAUCUUCAAAUGGAAGCAGGAUGUCAAGAGAGCAUCCCAGGUGUGCAUGAGACUGAGAAAGUGAGAAGAAGGGGGAAGAGCUAGAGGUAUUGCAGCCCAGGGCUCCUUCCGAGUGGCACAGCUGGUGGGCAGAGCAGCCAUGUGGGGCUAGAGUAAAGUGGGGGACUUCCCAGGCCCAAGAGGAGGGUUUCUAAUCCUCACAGGAGGGUUCCACAGGCUUCUGACUGCACAGGGAGGCUGAAGUCAGACCAGGUCCAAUGAAGGGCAUCUCCCAGGUCUGAGGACAUGCCUCCCACCCAAUGUUCUUAUUCCCGUCUCCACUCCUGCUGCCUCUACCCUCUUCACUGUGUAGAGGACAGCAGGUGCUCUCGCUGGCCCUGGGGCAGGGCUGGGGGUCCCACUGAGACCCGGGAGAGAUGGACCAUCCUGCUCACACGGGGGAACCAUCUUCCCGCAACUGUGCUGUGUCUUUGUUGCUCUGCUUCUUUUAAAUGUGUCAGUGCCUGGGGGGAGGGGAGGGCCACCCCCUCAUGUCCCCCUGAACCUGACCUAAAGCCAUGGCUGUUGCUCCCCACCCCCUUUGUAUGAUGCAAAUGCUAAGAUGUACAAAACCAACCAUGACAACAAAGAAAAAGACCUUGUACAGCU